GGUAGCCUUCAUUCCGCCUUUAUUGCACGUUUAGAUGAAAAUAGACAACAACUUGUUAACGCCGGUGCCAUACCUGUUCUAGUUAGUCUCUUGAAUUCACCAGAUACAGAUGUUCAAUAUUAUUGUACUACUGCACUUAGUAACAUCGCCGUCGAUGAAAAAUAUCAACUUGAAAUAGUUCGAUCUCGUGGAUUACCGCCAUUACUUCGAUUACUUCAAUCAUCUUUCCUACCUCUAAUUCUCUCAUCGGUUGCAUGCAUUCGUAAUAUAUCCAUUCACCCGCUUAACGAAUCACCGAUAAUCGAUGCAGGAUUUUUGUCUCCAUUAAUUCAACUUUUAGCGUAUGAGGAAAAUGAAGAGAUUCAAUGUCAUGCGAUUAGUACUUUAAGAAAUUUAGCAGCUAGCGCUGAAAGAAACAAAAGAGCAAUUGUGGAUGCAGGAGCUGUUGAACGAAUCCGAGAAUUGGUACUGAAUGUCCCAAUAAGUGUACAAAGUGAGAUGACCGCUUGUGUGGCAGUUUUGGCAUUAAGUGUUCAAGAUUAUUCUCCAUUUGUUAAAGUUUGGGAACAACCUACUGGUGGUCUACAUGGAUAUUUGCAACGCUUUUUAGAUAGUACAGAUAAAACAUUCCAACAUAUUGCUGUCUGGACAAUUGUUCAAUUUCUGGAAGGAAGAGAUUCUCAAUUAUUUACGAAUAUAAAGUCUUCGAACACCAUUGUGUCUGCUAUAAAUCGUCUUGCCGAAUAUAGCGUAACUCCUGAUGGUGAAGAACCUUUGGAUGAAGAAUAUGAGUCAGAUGAGGGUGAAAUUGUGGCCUUGGCACGGAAAACCUUGGCUAUGUUGCAACGAUAA